GCCAUUUUGUCUCUGUCACUUUCGUAGCGGCGCGGUAGCGGGAGUACUAGGGGAAGAAAGUGGUGGAGGCGGCGGCGGCGGCGGCGAGGCCGGUGCACGGGCAGGCAUAAUGAUUUCGGCUGCCCAGCUUUUGGACGAGCUUAUGGGCCGGGACAGGAAUCUGGCCCCGGAUGAAAAGCGCAGUAACGUGCGGUGGGACCACGAAAGCGUUUGUAAAUACUACCUUUGUGGUUUUUGUCCAGCUGAGUUAUUCACAAAUACCCGCUCUGACUUGGGUCCAUGUGAAAAAAUUCAUGAUGAAAACCUCAGAAAACAGUACGAAAAGAGUUCUCGGUUCAUGAAAGUAGGCUAUGAAAGAGAGUUCCUUCGCUAUUUACAGAGCUUGCUUGCAGAGGUUGAACGCCGAAUUCGAAGGGGCCAUGCUCGUUUAGCAUUAUCUCAGACUCAGCAGGCUUCAGGUCAAGCAGCUGGACCUACUGGUAAAAAUGAAGAGAAGAUUCAAGUCUUAACUGACAAAAUUGAUGUACUUCUACAACAGAUUGAAGAACUAGGUUCUGAAGGAAAGGUAGAAGAGGCUCAAGGCAUGAUGAAACUUGUUGAACAGUUAAAAGAGGAGAGAGAGUUGCUCAGGUCUACAACUUCAACAAUUGAGAGUUUUGCAGCGCAAGAAAAGCAAAUGGAAGUUUGUGAAGUCUGUGGAGCCUUUUUAAUUGUGGGAGAUGCACAGUCCAGGGUAGAUGAUCACUUGAUGGGAAAGCAACAUAUGGGUUAUGCUAAAAUUAAAGCUACAGUAGAAGAAUUAAAGGAAAAAUUAAGAAAAAGGACUGAAGAGCCUGAACGUGAUGAUCGGUUAAAAAAAGAGAAACUAGAACGAGAAGAGCGAGAGAGGGAGCGUGAAAAAGAAGAAAAGGAAAGAAAGAGGCGGCGUGAGGAAGAAGAAAAGGAAAAAGAGAGAGCUCGUGAUAGAGAGAGACGAAAGAGGAGUCGCUCACGAAGCAGACAUUCAAGCAGAACAUCUGAUCGAAGAGGGAGUCGGUCAAGGGACCAUAAAAGAUCAAGAAGCAAGGACAGAAGAAGAAGCAGGAGUAGAGAUCGACGCAGGAGCAGAAGCCAUGAUAGAUCAGACAGAAAACACAGAUCACGCAGCAGGGACAGAAGACGGUCAAAGAGCCGGGAUCGGAAAUCUUACAAGCACAGAAGCAAAAGCAGAGAGCGAGAACAAGACAGGAAAUCUAAGGAAAAAGGACAGAAGAUAAACUUAUUGGAUUGACUGCUAGUCCUCUGCGGGGCAACAAGACUGCUGUUCCUCAGUGGAUCUACAUGUGAAUCGGCGAUGCCUAAUAAAGCAAAAAUGGAAGACUUUCAAAAAGGUCAGUUAGUGCCACCUACCCAGGCAAUUAUCACACAGAACAGAAAACUUAAGAAUUCCAAUGUCCACUUGAGUUCUGUGGCUGUUUUUCUCCUGGUUUCAAGUAUUGGGUACUUUCCUUUAGAGAAUGGUUCUGUUACAUUUUUUUUCCAGAGUUUUGACUGUUACCAGUUUAAGAGAGAUGGUCUAAGUUUUCUUGACAGCAGGAAUGGAAGCUUUCUUCAAAUGUUUUGCUCCAGUGGGAGGCCAGAAGCCUAAUAUUCCUAUGACUUCCCCCAAAGCUUCACCCAAGCUUCGAGAGGUUUUUUCCUAUUUUUUUCUUUGUUUUUACAUUAAAUGAAUCCAUCCAUAAAAGCUGGUAUACUCUGUCUGGAUGUUUAAAGACGAUAUUGUUUGUUCAUCAUACUGCUUAGAGAAACACCUAGGUGAUUAAAUACAGUGUACCCCACUUAUACCAUACACAUUUAAUAUAUAAAUAGCUGCUUUAAUGUGAUGAAUACCUGGUAACAAUUUCUCAUAUGAAAACUGCUCACAACUGUGGUCCAUGCCCUGAGUAUAAGAGGAAUACACUGACAGUAAGACACAAGGCAAUCUGAUAUUUCUUCCCUAAUUCCUCUGGGUAAACACAUGCUUCUGGCUUUAUUCAUUUUACUGAUGGCAGUUCCUAAAUACUAUUUGUUGUCAGACUCUGUCAACCACUGCUAGUGGGACACCUAGCUGCUUUCUUAGGUUUAAUAGCAAUGAGUCCCAUUAAGCCAGAAAUGUGGCCCUCCAGAUGUUUUGGGCGACAGCUCCCAUGAUCCAUCAUCAUUAGCUAUGCUUGUUAGGGAUGGUGGUUUUCUAGGCCAAAGCACUCAGAGUCACAAGUUGCCAGACUCUAUAUUAAGCUACAAACUUGGGGCAAACAAGUCUCUUACAUCUGGGCCAGUUCACAUAUAAUGAUACUUGUAACUCAUGGGUUAAGCAAAUGAUGGAUUGCUGGGAGAGUGGACAUCUGCUUCUAUUUCUGUUCAGCCCAUUUGUAGGUUGUUAAGUGUGCCAUGUGAGGCUGGAGGGCUGGUUGUUUAGUAGCUAAACAUAAUAGUUGACCAAGGAACAAACCAUGGGCUUACUGCCGGGUUGUUUUACCCCUAAACAGCCCAGCACUCUGGGAUUGCAUGUUUCAGUCAACAGCCUACAAGCAGGGCAGGCAUAGAUUGUUGGUUAAAAGGGAGGUGGCAGGCAUGUGGGAAGCAGUGCAGCUGCACUUUCUUAUGUAUGACAAGCCAUGGGUUGUCUAUAAAGUAUGGGGUGUCGUCAUGUGUGAGCCAGGUCAUUAUCUUGUGUUUCUUUUCUGUUUAAAAAAUCAGGUGUAGUUUUGCAAGUAAGUAAAAAUUAGCAAACCUGUUACUGCUUUGAAGGUUACUUUCUUUGCUCCCCACAGUCAUGGAUUGUUAAAUAUCAACCUGAUGGUGCACCUACACAGACUUUCUCCCUUCCUGGCAGUGGUGGCAAAUAGGGAGACAACCCCAACUGCUGUUGAGUUGAUGGGGCAUAGCAGGAAAGUUGAAGGUAAAACAGGUGGGCUGGGCUUUGGAAAAACAGCAAGGAAGAAGCAGUUACUACCAACUGGGGGGAUUCUGUACAGCUAGUUAAGUAUGGGAGAGCUUUUGACCAGAGCUAUUGACUGUCAAAAAGAUAAGCAUGCAAAUCUAUAUAAACUACAGAUGAUUGCAGUAUAAAAUUGAUGUUUCUUUAAACUUCAAACAGUAAAUACGUAAGGAAUUGAACAGCUAAAUUGAAGGACAGUUCUGUAUGUGACAUUACAUUGAUAUGUACUAUAAGGACUGAGUAAUUUUUCUUCACCUGUAGAAAGUAAGUAAAUGCAAGCUGUUAGCCACUCAGCCAGCAAUCUAACUGUUCAAAUUAUUGGGUGGGAGGAGCUUUGUUUAGCAAAUUAGAUACGGAUACCAGCUUUUCUCAUAUGUGUUUGAGCUAAACUAAUUUUAUGAAAAUUAUGCUCUAGGAUAAAUCUGUGGUUUUAUAAAUAUUUUAUGCUUAUCUUUUUAUAGUAGAUAGCUUGAAGUUAGCAUCUAUGCAGCUUGUGGUUUGAUCAAAGCUAUCAAACAAGUGACUAUUUUUUCCAUUGUAAUUUUAGCAGUACUGUCUCUCCUCUGUGCUAUGCUAUCUACUUUCCCUCUAAGUUCUGCUCUACAGCUCUUGUUCUUUCUGAUGGAAUAGUUUACUCGAAAAUUAAUGCUACAAUUUUGAUCUGUAGCUUGUUUCGGCAUGUAUCCCAAACCUGAAAAAUGUGAUCCAUAAUUUGUGUUUACUGUGAAGUCCAUGGUCCAUGUCUUCUUUCAUGGCAGAAAAGAGGGGAUC